CUUCAAUUCACCUUCUCAAGUAUUGCUGCCUAGAACCAUUCACGCUCCAAAAUGAGCCUUUUAUACCUUUCUCUUGGACCAUUUCAUCUCCAAUUAUCUAUCUCAUCACAGACCUCUAUCUUCCUCUAUUCUGAUGGUUAUGCUUUGGCGUCCUUGUCUCCCCUUCAUACUUUCUACUCAACCACAUACCAAAAAGUGAUCUAACCUUAGAGGCAAGGUGACAGACCACCAUUGCAUUGAAAAGUUCCUGCGAAAAGAGAUGUCUGCAGCCCCAGAGCUUGAGCAUCCAGACAGAGCUGGUCUGAUUUCCGAAAUCAGUCGAAUCUACGAAAUCGAUAGCAUCAGUACCUCUUUAUGGCUGUUUCUGUGGUUCGCAGACAUAGAACGACUUCGCCAUCUGGUUAAAGGCGCAUCAUUGUUACCUGUUUUCCAAGAGCUAUCCAAGAGAGCGCUUGAAUUUCACGAAGACUUUGAUUCGGUGCUGCGGCUGUGGCUCGCUCGUCCCGUCAGAGUGAGCGAGGAAGAAUCCAACGACCGUAGGAAAACCGAGCCAGGGUCUAUACCAGAAAGCUCAAGCUCAGAAGCUGCCACCUCUAAGCCUCAAGGUUACAGUAGAGACAGAAAGCUCUCCGAGGCGUGCAUUGCCCGAGAUGAAGGUCGGUGCCAAAUAACCCGUGCCGGUGAUCUUCUUGAAGUGUGUCAUAUUUAUCCCCAAGAUUUGAACAAGCGUCAGAAAAAUGACAUCCAAAUGCGUCGAUUCUGGGCAACCUUGCGCAUAUUUUGGACCCAAGAUAAGGUCGAAGCUUGGAAAGACGAACUUGAACCCAAUGGCACCGAAAUCCUCCAAAACCUGAUCACCAUGACGAGACAGGCACACGGAUACUGGGGUAAUGCUCGAUUUGCACUCUUUCCUCACAAGCCAUCCGAUGAUGGCAAGUCCAUGGACGUGAAUGGGAAGCUUUUCAAUUGUGCCACCGGUCAGAAAAUAACUUCGGGCACAGUGAUAACGCUCCGGACCUCUGAUCCCAUGACCCAUCCACUCCCAUCAUAUGCGCUCCUGCAGAUGCAAUGGUACCUCAAUCGGAUUGCAGGCCUCAGUGGCGCUGCAGAAUUCGAUAAUGAUAGAGACGAGGAUGGCACCUUUGAUGAUGAAAUUGAUGGUUUUUCCGACUAG